AUGGCAACUGAAUUGAAAGAUAUUUCCGAGGCGAAGGACAACCCUCCGACAGAGGCGACACAUAUCGAGGAGGGCGAGCAUCGCGAAUCCGCUGUGAAGUGGAUCAAUUACUCAGAGCUCACCGAAGUAACUCCAGUUGAAGCGUUUAAAUGUAAUGUUGAGGGAGACCAGUCCCCAUUCCCGGAGGUUGCAGCAUGCGUAUCCAAUAAGGAUGACCCUGAGCUAUUGUGCAAUACCGUUCGCGCGUGGAUAUUGACUACUGUGUUUGUGGUGCUUUUUGCUGGAGUAAACCAGUUUUUUGGAUUGCGAUAUCCAUCCCUUUCAAUUGGCUAUGUUGUUGCCCAGCUUUUGGUAUUCCCCAUUGGCAGAGCAUGGGAAAAACUGCCGCGGUGGAGGGUGCCUUUGGGGAGGUUCACAUUCGACAUCAACCCCGGACGUUUCACCAUCAAGGAGCACGCCCUAGUGGUAAUCUGCGUCAAUAUAAGUGCAGGUACGGCGUAUGCACAGGGGUCACUUGUAGCCAUAGUGAGCCCAGUCUUCUGGAAUCGAGACUAUGGGCCGGGAUUCAGCUUUCUAUACUUACUGACUACCCAGAUGCUCGGCUUCGGUCUGGCAGGCCUCGCACGACGAUGGCUCGUUUAUCCAGGAGCGCUCAUAUGGCCCACGUCACUCUCGUCCACAGUGCUCUUCCGAGCGCUGCAUGAACCAGAGAGCCGCACGCCUGCCAAUGGCUGGACCAUCAGCAGAUACCGCUUCUUUAUAUACUUUGCAGUGUUUGCCUUUGUGAUCUUUUGGUUUCCAGAUUAUAUUUGGACGAGUCUUGCCACAUUCGCCUUUAUCGCGUGGAUCUUCCCCAACAACCAAAAGGUUAACACCAUAUUUGGGAUGAACUCCGGCUUGGGCUUACUGCCUAUUAGCCUCGACUGGACGCAGAUCAAUUACGCGGGCUUCCCUCUAACCACGCCAUUUUACAUCACCUGCAACGCCUACGCAGUGGUCAUUGUAUUCUAUCUCUUCCUCUCCCCGAUCCUAUACUACAGCAAUGUUUGGAAUAGUGCAUAUCUCCCCCUUUUAUCUGCAAGCACAUACGACAACACCGGUCAGCAAUACAAUGUCUCUCGCGUAGUCGACGCCAGCCUCAACUUCGUUCAGAGCAAAUACGAAACCUACUCACCGAUGUACAUCUCCAUGUCAUACUCGCUUACGUACGGACUUUCCUUCGCCGCAGUGACCUCUAUUAUAGUGCACACAUAUCUCUACAACGGAAAAGAGAUCUGGGCCAAGGUCAAAAACUCACGCCACGGCGGUGAAGACAUCCACCGGCGGCUAAUGCACGCCUACGCAGAGGUCCCAGAUUGGUGGUACGCCGCACUGACGGUAAUAGUACUGGGUUUGGGGAUACUGACUGUUCAGUACUGGGACUCGGGACUACCCGUGUGGGGGUUCCUCGUGGUGUGUUUUGGGCUGGCGGUGGUCUUAAUCGUACCGGAGGGUAUCCUCCAAGGGACGACGAACCAGCGGGUGUUUUUGAAUAUUAUUGUGGAGUUCAUUGCCGGGUAUGCGUGGCCUGGGAAUGCUAUCGCCAACACAAUGGUAAAGUGCUAUGGCAAUAAUGCAGUGAAGCAUGGGUUGGACUUUGCGCAGGAUUUGAAGUUGGGGCAGUAUAUGAAAAUUCCUCCCCGAGUUCUCUUCUUCGGUCAAAUAUACUCGAGCAUCCUAGCAACCAUGAUACAAACGGGAGUACUCCGCUGGAUGCUCGGACACAUCGACAAGCUUUGUGAGCCCACGAACACGCAGCGAUUUACUUGCAACGGUGCCAAAGUGAUGUACAAUUCGUCCUUGAUAUGGGGAACAAUCGGCCCGCAGAGGAUGUUCCAGUCAGGGCAGAUCUACAACGGCCUAGUAUACUUCUUUAUAAUUGGACCUGUUGUUACUGUUCUCGUCUAUCUUCUGUACAGGAGAUACCCCACCAGCUGGGUCCGCUAUGUCAAUGUCCCUAUAUUUUUCAAUGCGGCGGGCAACAUUCCCCCGGCAAACACCACACAAUACUCCUUGUGGUUCAUCGUGGGCUUCAUCUUCAACUAUCUGAUACGCAAGCGCGCCUUAGACUGGUGGAAACGCUACAACUAUCUCCUUCAAGCAGCAAUGGACACGGGAACUGCGCUUGCAACGAUCAUUAUCUUCUUUGCAUUGAGCUACCAUGGGAUCAACCUCACCUGGUGGGGAAAUACAGUUGGGGCAGAUACGGACGAUGCGAAAUCGGUGCCUUGGCUGAAAGUUCCGGAGGGGGCCUAUUUUGGGAAGGGUCCUGGCCAGUUCUAA